CUAAACACACAGAAACAGGAUGGGUACAGACACACAGGUAUACCUUUAAUAGUUUCACAGGAUUUGUAACUGGAGUCUCGUUUUUAGGAACGUUGUUGGUUAAUUUUGAUGUGAAAUGUAUUAUUUAGCUUCCAGUCAGGUUUUUUCCACUGGCUUUUGAAUGAACACUGUAUCAAGCAUGUAACUACUUUAAGUACUGUUUUGACUGAAAAAUGCUGCAUAUGUGCGUCCAACAAUACCUCAAAAGCCAAUAACUCAAAAGUCACCUGAAAUGAAAAAGACAACAAUCUUUAAAUAUUCAAAUGUUAAAAAAUAUAUUAUCUCACAGUUCUCAACAAAGCAAUAUGUUUAGAUGUAUUGACUCAUAUUUGACCAGAAUGUUCACACAAUGUUCAGACUGUUGAAUCAACACCCAUGCAGGCGGGUGACAGUGUCUGAUCCCUGGCUCAGAGUUUAGAGAGUUUUGAGAAGUUAGAGUACCAGUCACCUAAUCCUCACCAACGGGAAAAUGUGCUUUGAGCAAAGGAGAAUCUAAAUCCAUAAUGUUUCUACCGAAAGGAUUCUGUUUGAAAUGUAGAGUUAGGUGAUAAACUCCUCAUUCUAAUUCACAAAUCCUCGUUCUAAUAACACUCGCGGUGUUAAAGCGUCACGGCUCAAGGCCUAAACAUAGGGACACUUUAAGAUGACUAAAACUAAUCUAUUCAUCGAGUCGUAUGAGGGUUAAUACCUGUGUAAGUGAAAUAUAUAAAUGUUAUUAAGAUAAGGAAGAGUGCAGUCAGAGGGGUGAAAGCAGAACUAAGAGCACCGGAAGCAGGGAUGUACAGUUAUUAGCUUUGACAAAGAGACAGACAGGUUUAGGAGAGCCGCGGUAAAGACCUAUAGCCCCCACCCCACCGCUCCCCUCCCCUCUACCACCCAUCCAUCACAGCAGUUCCAGGCGUGCCCAUGAGUAUUCAUCAGGAGGAUAUUAAUGAGGCAAAGCGACAUGAGUCUCUUAUUUACAGCCCUGCCUCCUGUUACUCCUAAUAGCGGAGCAGCCAGCGAAAGUGUGCAACAGGCUUGUAUGUGAGGGGGAACAGGUGCCGAUGACUGAAUAGAUGCAAAGUGAUGCAGCUGAAAGUCACUUGGGCGACUGGCGCCAUCGCUCAAGUGCCAUCACACUCUGCGCCUGGUUGUUCCCGGUCUUCGUCAGUCUACAACCGACUUUUCUAGAGUGCCCGGAGAGGUGAGAAUGGGAAAAUCCGAAAGCCAAAUGGAUAUCAUGGAAAAAUCAACCAAACCGCUAAAACGCCGUUGGACUGUUGCGGAGAUCGGGUUGUCUGUGAUGUUGUUGCUGGUCAGCUGUGCGCUGGCUGGACUGAUAGUCCUCUACACAUCGGCACUGAGAGAGCGAUCUAACAGACCUGGUCUGUCCAAGGGCUCAGCUAAUGAGGGGCAGCAGGAUCGUUCUGGCUCCAGCAAUGUUUGUACAACUCCUGAGUGCGUCAGUGCAGCCGCUCGCCUCCUGCAGAACAUUGAUCCGAAGGUGGAACCAUGUGAGAACUUCUACAAGUAUGCCUGCGGGGGCUGGCUGGAGCACCACGUCAUCCCGGAGACCAGCUCUCGACACAGUGUCUUUGACAUCCUCAGAGACAAGCUGGAGAUAGUGCUUAAAGGAGUGUUAGAGGCUAAGAGUGAUCAGGACCGCGACGCCUUCAAGAAGGCCAAAACCCUCUACAACUCCUGCAUGAAUGAGACACUGAUAGAGCAGCGCGACUCUCAGCCGCUCAUGCAACUUAUUGACAGUAUAGGUGAUUGGCCAGUCGCCUCAGAGGACUGGAACAGCACUGCAGAGGAAGCCUGGAGCCUGGAGGACACUCUAGCCACCCUAACCUCUCAGUACCACAAGAAGGUCCUACUGGACAUGUAUGUGUGGACAGACGACCGCGACUCCAAGAGCCACAUUAUCUACAUUGACCAGCCAGGACUCGGAAUGCCAUCCAGAGAUUAUUACUUCAACGAUGGGAACUACAAAAAGGUGCGAGAGGCCUAUCUGCAGUUCAUGGUUUCCAUAGCGAAGAUUGCCCGCAAAGACAGGAACUUGACCCAGGAUGAUGACCGUGUGAUGGAGGAGAUGGUGCAGGUGCUGGAGCUGGAGACGGAUAUCGCCAAUGCAACGUCCCCCGCAGAGGAGCGCCAUGAUGUCACCGUUCUCUACAAUAAGAUGACCCUGACUGAGCUGCAGGAGUCCUUCAAUUUCAAUGGAUUUAACUGGACCAGGUUUGUCACGGGAGUGUUGUCCAGCGUGGCCGUGGAAGUCAAGCCAGAGGAGGAUGUGGUCGUCUACAGCGCCCCCUACCUAGAGAAGAUGAAUAACGUGCUCGCCAAACACACUAUCAGAACUAUGCAGAACUACCUGACCUGGCACACAGUCAUGGAGAGAGUCAGCAGCUUGAGUCGCCGCUUCAGAGAUACCCGGGCCCACUACAGAAAGGCACUGUACGGGACCACGGUGGAGGACGCGCGGUGGAGGGACUGCGUACGCUACGUCCAGAGCAGCAUGGAGAACGCGGUGGGGGCCCUGUAUGUCCGAGAGACCUUCGCCGGCGAGAGUAAACGCAUGGUCGGUGACCUCAUCAGUAAGAUCCAGGAGGCGUACGUGGAGACCCUCGAGGAGCUGAGCUGGAUGGAUGACCAGUCGAAGCAGAAGGCAAGGGAGAAGGCCCUGGCCAUAAAGGAGCAUAUCGGCUAUCCUGACCACAUUCUAGAAGACAACAAUGUGAAACUUGACGAGGAGUAUGCCUAUCUAAACUUCAGUGAGGACUACUACUUUGAAAACAUCCUUGAGAACCUACAGGCUGAUGCACAAAAGAUUUUGAAGAAGCUGAGGGAGCCGGUUGACCCAGACAUGUGGAUCAUUGGCGCUGCUGUGGUCAACGCUUUCUACUCGCCAAACCGAAACCAGAUAGUGUUCCCUGCAGGCAUCCUGCAGCCUCCAUUCUUCAGUAAACACCAGCUCCAGGCGCUGAACUUUGGUGGAAUAGGGAUGGUCAUUGGACAUGAGAUAACCCACGGGUUUGAUGACAAUGGCCGUAAUUUUGACAAGGACGGUAACAUGCUUAACUGGUGGAGUAAUUAUUCUGCUGAGCACUUCAAGGACCAGUCACAGUGUAUGGUGCAACAGUAUGGCCGCUUCACCUGGAAGCUUGCGGGGGGACAAAAUGUCAGUGGAAUUAACACUUUGGGAGAGAACAUUGCAGACAACGGAGGAGUUAGGCAAGCUUACAAGGCAUACAUGAAGUGGUUGGAGAGGGAAGGGGAAGAGCUUCGUUUACCUGGUCUUGACAUGGACCAUAAACAACUUUUCUUCCUUAACUUUGCCCAAGUAUGGUGUGGUGCUUAUCGGCCUGAAUAUGCCAGCCAUUCCAUCAAGACUGACUCCCACAGCCCCCUGGAAUACAGGGUACUUGGCUCCCUACAGAAUUUUGGAGCAUUUUCAGAGGCAUUCCAGUGCAAACCAGGUACACCCAUGAACCCCGACAUGAAAUGUCGGGUGUGGUAGACUGUUAUGGUCAUUCACUACUCUUGUUAUUUAUUUCUUAACUGGGGCAACUUAACAUGAGAACAUGCUUAACAACCACUGACGCCACCGUGUCAUACUGCCUCAGAAGCAUAUCUGAUUGGUUUACAGAGCAGAUGAUAAGACACUACAACAAGUGUUUUAACACUGCAUAAAUACAGUUUAUAUCUGGACUGUGUAACUGGCCGAACUACACCCUAGUGUCCCUACUUGAAGCAGAGGUAAACUCUGAUGAGACGAGGAACUUCAGUGAAGAAUCAAUCAGUGAAUAAUUAACCUAAAAAUUGUGUCUGUGGAUGACCAGUUCUGCUUGUUCUUGUUUGCAAGCGAUUUUGUUGUAUACAUGCAUACAUCUUAAUCUCCAACAAUGAAUGUUGGUGGUUAGUGGAUAUGUGGACGAUCAGACAAAUGUAGGACACUCCAGUGUUGGUGGUUAGUGGAUAUGUGGACGAUCAGACAAAUGUAGGACACUCUUAAGACCUAGAAUAGGUUUGAGCCAAGCUGGCUUUUUUUUAAAGAAUUUCCUAAAUAGAUCUUUGUGCUUUUUUGCCAUUCAGAUGGCAAAUCCUUAUUGCUUUAAAGGCCAUAUAUUUAGCAGCUUACAUCUAUGUGCACCAAGUCUCUUCUGGCACAGUUACCUUGUACGAUUCUGUCUGAUAUGGAACCUUUUUUAAGACAUUUUGCCACUGGGCAAGAGGCAAAAGUGAAUAAGCCUGUCAUUGCAGUGUGACUAUGAAAUGAAUAAAGUCUCUGUGAGAAAAUCUGAAGCAGCAGUGAGCGAGCUGAAUCCCUGUCCCAGGCCAAAGCUUGGCUAAAUCACUCUGAAAUGAAUCCCUGUCCCAGGCCAAAGUUUGGCUACAUCACUCUGAAAUUAAUCCCUGUCCCAGGCCAAAGCUUGGCUAAAUCACUCUGAAAUGAAACCAUUGACCUUAAGACUUCAGACUGUUAAAUCUUUCAGUUUAAACCUUAUAUGAACAUUUUGAAAAUAAAAAGGAUGGCUUUAACAUGUUUUUGCUAUACCAUAUGUAUUAUACUGAGAGAUCUAUGAAGAUACAGUACCAGUCAAAAGUUUGAACUCACCCAUUCUAGUGAAUGUGUAUGUGUGUCAGCCUUUGACUGGCACUGUAUAUUAGGAAAUAAGCUUACAUACUUGCUAGGCUACAACUGUUUUGAGUCAUUUUUAGUUAUGUUGCCACGGAGUGAUUGCUAUCAUUAUGAUAGUCUGUUAGAACUCUAACUGUAAGUUACUUUGUUUCAGAGAAACUUUUAACCAAUACUCUAUCUGGCUUUGUCAACACACCACCUGACAGCACUUAGAAGGGUUAAAAUAUAACAUAACAUUUCAAAUAAAUUCUUUAGUAUAUACUUUUUGUGUUUACUGCAUAAAAGAAUGAACAAUCCUACAGGAUACAUAAAAUCGUUGCUUUAGACUAGUCUGUGACUUGGUUUAGCGACUACCUAGUUGUGGAAUCACCAGCAGAGAGUUGGGACCAUAAUGACAAAUGUGCAGUCAAGGCACCUCGACAUGGUGUCCCACCUUCAAAACAAGACCGUCUCUGUUAAUUUAGGAAGGAAGCUAGCUUGAAAUAGGCCAUCUGAAUACAUAUUUGGAUGUUUACCCUGACAGAGUUGUUUUGUGAAUCAUGUCCCUUUCCUCGAUUUAGAAACACAAAAUCACAAGAGACAAGUACAUUUGUUGAUUUUAUUUCUGUAUACCCUUUUCCCAUGCUUGGGUGUACAAGAAGUAGAGGAACUAAAUAGAACAAUGUAUUCUACCAAAAUGAGAGGCUGGUUGAAGGCAUGGCAUUUAUAGCUCAUAUCUUUGGUCUGACUUGGCUGUGUAAAAUGCCAACAUUUCAGUGGUUACUACGAGGUGUUCCACAACGGUUUGCAGGACAGACAACACAUGUUCACAAUUUGUCUGAAUACUUUUCAAUUCCCUUUUUUCAUUGUUCCCUACAAGUUGUUGCAUAUAUUGCCAUGAAUGGCUCUUCUGAGAAAAGCUUUGAAAGCCAGGACUGGACUGUGGUAGGAGAUCUAUUGGCCAUGACCACGCAAAAGUGGAAUGCAGGGAUGAUAAGAGAAGCAGGUGAACAGUGAAGUGGUACUGAGAUGAAAGGCUGUGCGGACUGUAAGGAGUGUGGUAACUAACCGAUCUGGGGUCUUUUUGGACGGGCUGAUGCUCUGGGGAAAUGGCUUCUUUAUUAUUGAGAUGCGGUUCAAGGACUUUGAUUAACAAGUAAUGACAGCAGGACUAAAAAGCAGAACAGAAGGGAAAAUGAGAACCUAUGAAAAGGAUCAGGCAGGCUGCAGAUUGCCAUGGUGGUGGUUACAUUGUUUGAAUUACUUCCUGGGAAAAUGAACCCAAAUAUCAAAACGGUCAUUGUGAAAAUACAGGAGGCCUUGAUCAAUUGAACAUGACUGUUAAGUCUCAUAAGAGACUGAUUUAUUGAAUGUUCCUGAUAUAGCUAUCUGCCUUUUAAGAUGUAUUUACAUUCUGCCUGUUUACUUGUAAUGGCUUAGACUGUUGUACAGUGCAGGGUAUUCUGUUGGCUUGGUUCUUUGGUCACAGUUUUACUUGAUUUGUUUGGUAAUUUGGUUUGUUGCCAGUCAAUUAGACUGUCAUAGUUGACAAGGAAU